GUUAACAUGAAUAUGUUUCUUCUUAUGACAUAAAAUAAUUCCACGCUGUUCGUGUCUGUGGGUGAAACGUGAGGCCGGUCGGCUCCUCUGAGCGCUGGUUUCCUGUAAGUAGAGAGGAAGUGAGUUUAGCUGAGCCUCCGUUUAGUGUGAGAGAGCAGGAGGAGAGUGAGAGCUGUGCUGAGGCAGGGUGAGUGUUAACACCGCUCUGACAUUACUGUGUCUCUGUGGCGGGAACAACAGGCUCCGUCAGUGGAGGCAAAAAUAAUCAGACUUUGGUUUUUCAAAGGAAACAACUUUAUGUCGGAAGUUCCCGCACGCUCAUUGGAUAACGAUGUGUCAAUCUCGAGCUUUAUCACGGGACUUUAAAAACUACAAUGGCGACAGAAACUCGGUGAGUGGAGUUCAGGCUGACGUCAUGAAACUGUGACGUUUGAGCCACUUCCUGUUCUCAGUCCCAGCGUCCUGAUCACCGAGGUUUCUGUUGCUCUGAUAUCUGAUAUUGAUUAUUUUGGUAAACAGGCUGUAGCAUAAACAUCAGACUAACUCCACCCUGACAUCAAGAAGAUGGAGGAAAAGGAUGGAGCAGGAUCUGCAGCAUCCAGCUGUGUGUCUGUGAGGAGUGACUGGUCCAAAGGAACACCUCCAGAGUUCAGUAAUGAACCUGCAGCAACAAUAGCUUCUGCACAGUGUGGAGAAAGAUCCAGAAGCAGAGCUGGACUGCAGACAGCCAGUCAGAGCAGCUGUGUACAAACAGAUGUUGGUCUGCAGGAGGUUUUAGAUGAACAUAAGAUCAGUCUGAGGAGGAGAUGUGAACGUGUGACUGAAGGAAGUGAUGAAACAGGAAGUAGAACCCUCCUCAACAGGAUCUACACUGAGCUCUACAUCACAGAAGGACAGAGUGAAGAGGUUCAUACCCAACAUGAGGUGAGGCAGCUGGAGACAGCUUCCAAGAUGGACGCCCUCCAUGACGCUCCAAUCAGGUGCCAGGACAUCUUUAAAGCCUUCCCUGACCAACAGAGACCCAUCAGAGUGGUUCUGACCAACGGCGUGGCUGGUGUUGGAAAAACCUUCUCAGUGCAGAAGUUCACUCUGGACUGGGCAGAGGGCUUGGAGAACCAACAUGUCAGUGUGGUGGUUCUGCUUUCAUUCAGGGAGCUGAACCUGAUCACAGAUGAGCAGUACAGUCUUCUGGAGCUGCUCCAUGUUUUCCAUCCAACAUUACAGAAGGUCACAGCAGAGAAGCUGGCUGUCUCUCAGCUUUUGUUCAUCUUUGACGGCCUGGAUGAAAGCAGACUUUCAUUGGAUUUCACCAACAGGAAGCUGCUGUCUGAUGUCACACAGAAGUCAUCAGUCAGCCAGCUGCUGACAAACCUCAUCCGGGGGAAUCUGCUUCCCUCGGCUCUCGUCUGGAUAACUUCCCGACCUGCAGCAGCCAAUCAGAUCCCUCCUACAUGUGUUGACAGGCUAACAGAAGUACGAGGCUUCACUGACGCCCAGAAGGAGGAGUACUUCAGGAGGAGAUUCAGUGAUGAAGAGCUGUCCAGCAGAAUCAUCUCCCACAUGAAGACAUCCAGGAGCCUCCACAUGAUGUGUAGUAUCCCAGUCUUCUGCUGGAUCACUGCUACAGUUCUGGAGCACAUGUUGACUACAGAGCAGAGAGGAGAGCUGCCCAAGACCCUGACUGACAUGUACUCACACUUCCUGCUGGUUCAGACAAAGAGGAAGAAGAUCAAGUACCAUGAGGGACAUGAGACGAGUCCACAGGAGCUGACGGAGGCUAACAGGGAAGUUCUUCUGAAGCUGGGGAGGCUGGCGUUUGAACAUCUGGAGAAAGGAAACAUCAUGUUCUACCAAGAAGACCUGGAGCAGUGUGGUCUGGAUGUGACAGAGGCCUCGGUGUACUCAGGAGUUUGUACAGAGAUCUUCAAAAGAGAGUGUGUGAUCUUCCAGAAACCAGUCUACUGCUUUGUUCAUCUGAGCAUUCAGGAGUUUCUGGCUGCUGUCUACAUGUUCCACUGUCACACCAACAGGAAGACAGAGGUGCUGGAGGACUUUUUGGGAAAAAAAUACAGCAAGUCCUCUCUGGAUGAUUUCCUUAAACGAGCCAUGGAGAAAUCCCUCCAGAGUAAAAAUGGCCACCUGGACCUGUUUGUUCGCUUCCUUCAUGGCCUCUGUCUGGAGUCCAACCAGAGACUCUUAGUAGGUCUGCUGGGUCAGACAAAGAUCAGUCCAGGAACCAUCCAGAGAGUCAUCAACAACCUGAAGAAGAUGAACAGUGAUGAAAUCUCUCCUGACAGAAGCAUCAACAUCUUCCACUGUCUGAUGGAGAUGAACCACCUCUCAGUACAUCAGGAGAUCCAAGAGUUCCUGAAGUCAGAGAACAGAUCAGAGAAGUUUCUCUCCGAGAUCCAGUGCUCAGCUCUGGCCUUCAUGCUGCAGAUGUCAGAGGAGGUUCUGGUUGAGUUGGACCUGCAGAAGUACAACACAUCAGAGCGGGGACGACAGAGACUGAUUCCAGCUGUGAGGAACUGCAGAAAGGCUGGACUGACUCGGUGUCGACUCUCAGAGUCUCACUGUGAAGUUGUGGCCUCAGCUCUGAAGUCCAACCCCUCCCAUCUGACAGAGCUGGACAUGAGUAGAAAUUAUGACCUGCAGGAUUCAGCAGUGAAGCUUCUGUGUGCUGGACUGGAGAGUCCAAACUGUCGACUGGAGACUCUGAGAUUGAAGAACUGUGGUUUGUCAGAGAUCAGCUGUGAUUAUCUGGCAGCAGCACUGAAGUCCAACCCCUCCCAUCUGAGACAGCUGGAGCUGAGCUACAACUACAAGCUGCAGGAUUCAGGAGUGAAGCAUCUGUGUGGUUUCCUGGAGAGUCCAGGAUGUGGACUUGAAACUCUGAGAUUGUGGCGCUGUGAUUUGUCAGAGAUCAGCUGUGAUUAUCUGGCAGCAGCACUGAAGUCCAACCCCUCCCAUCUGAGAGAGCUGGAGCUGAGCUACAACUACAAGCUGCAGGAUUCAGGAGUGAAGCAUCUGUGUGGUUUCCUGGAGAGUCCAGGAUGUGGACUUGAAAUUCUGGGAUUGAGUUACUGUGGUUUGUCAGAGAUCAGCUGUGAUUAUCUGGCAGCAGCUCUGAAGUCCAACCCCUCCCAUCUGAGAGUGCUGAACCUGAGCUACAACAACAAGCUGCAGGAUUCAGGAGUGAAGCAUCUGUGUGGUUUCCUGGAGAGUCCAGGAUGUGGACUUGAAGCUCUGAGAUUGGAGCGCUGUGGUUUGUCAGAGAUCAGCUGUGAUUAUCUGGCAGCAGCACUGAAGUCCAACCCCUCCCAUCUGAGAGAGCUGGACCUGAGCUCCAACAAGCUGCAGGAUUCAGGAGUGAAGCAUCUGUGUGGUUUCCUGGAGAGUCCAGGAUGUGGACUUGAAGCUCUGAGAUUGAAGGAGUGUGGUUUGUCAGAGAUCAGCUGUGAUUAUCUGGCAACAGCACUGAAGUCCAACCCCUGCCAUCUGAGACUGCUGGACCUGAGCUUCAACAACAAGCUGCAGGAUUCAGGAGUGAAGCAUCUGUGUGGUUUUCUGGAGAGUCCAGGAUGUGGACUUGAAACUCUGGGAUUGAGGUUCUGUGGUUUGUCAGAGAUCAGCUGUGAUUAUCUGGCAGCAGCACUGAAGUCCAACCCCUCCCAUCUGAGAGAGCUGGAGCUGUGGGACAACAACCUGAAGGAUCCAGAUGUGAAGCAGCUGUCUGAUCUUCAGCAGAGUCCAGACUACAGACUGGAGAAACUGGUGUGGAGGAAAUGAUGGUAAA